UCCGAAGGGAGUGGCAGGCGCCGGCGCGCCUUCCACGGAGCAGCGCUGCUGCCGGCGUCCGUUCUGUUAGGGAGCAGGGCGCUACGGGCCAUGGCCUAAGUCAGGCCGAGAGAGAGAGGCCGGCUUCGGACCGUUUUCCGCCCAAACUGCCUGGGUGGAAGGAAGGAGGUCUCUAAAGGUAGAUGAAGGGGCGUGUCACUUAGAUGCUUGAACCUGUGGCGCUUGGCAACCAAUCGCCGGACCAAAGGAAUCUCGUACCUUGAAGUGCAAAGAUGCUGAAGCCAAGUGGACUUAAAAUUCCUGGGAGGACUGGGAAGCAUGCCAGCCCGGUGGGACGUCCUGGUGGGACAGCAGCAACUACAUCCACAACCAUCAAUGCCACAAAGGAAGGAUCACCUCUCCACAAACAGGGUUCCACAUCUUCCACAGGUGCCUCUGAGAAGCUGACAGGGUCAAAAAUUGCUGAGGUGGGCGAUGAUUUCCUGGGGGACUUCGUGAUGGGUGAACGUGUUUGGGUGAACGGAGUGAAGCCAGGCAUAAUCCAGUAUUUGGGAGAGACCCAGUUUGCCCCUGGACAGUGGGCAGGAGUUGUUCUAGAUGACCCAGUUGGGAAGAAUGAUGGUUCUGUAGGCGGAGUGCGUUACUUUGAAUGCCAGCCACUCCAGGGGAUCUUCACAAGGCCUUCCAAGUUGACCCGCCAACCCACAACGGAGGGUUCAGGAAGUGAUGCCCAUUCUGUGGAGUCUCUGACAGCUCAGAACUUGUCCUUGCACUCUGGGACCUCCACCCCACCUCUCUCCACUCGCGUCAUUCCUCUGCGGGAGAGCAUCCUCAACAACACCAUGAAGACUGGAAAUGAAUCUGGAUCCAACCUCUCAGACAGCGGAUCGGUGAAAAAGGGGGACAAAGACUUCAGACUUGGGGAUCGUGUCCUUGUUGGCGGAACAAAAACCGGUGUGGUGCGCUAUGUAGGGGAGACGGAUUUCGCCAAAGGGGAAUGGUGUGGCGUGGAGUUGGAUGAACCUUUGGGAAAGAAUGAUGGAGCUGUUGCUGGAACAAGAUAUUUUCAGUGCCCACCAAAGUUUGGCCUCUUUGCUCCUAUCCAUAAGGUCAUCCGGAUUGGUUUCCCAUCCACCAGCCCAGCCAAAGCGAAGAAAAGUAAGAGGAUGGCCAUGGGUGUCUCAGCCUUGACCCACAGUCCCAGCAGCUCAUCCAUCAGCUCUGUCAGUUCCGUGGCCUCCUCUGUUGGGGGAAGGCCUAGCCGGAGUGGACUGCUGACCGAGACCUCUUCUCGCUACGCCCGGAAGAUCUCUGGCACAACGGCACUUCAGGAAGCAUUGAAGGAGAAGCAGCAGCACAUCGAACAGCUCCUGGCUGAGCGAGACUUGGAACGCGCCGAAGUUGCUAAGGCAACCAGCCGCAUAUGUGAGGUGGAGAAGGAGAUUGCCAUCUUGAAAGCUCAGCACGAGCAGUAUGUCACUGAAGCAGAAGGAAAUUUGCAGAGAGCACGGGCCUUGCUGGAUGGCACGCAAAAGGAGAAAGUAGAGUUGCUGAACCAGUUAGAAGAGGAGAAAAGGAAGGUGGAGGAUCUGCAGUUCCGAGUUGAGGAAGAAUCCAUUACAAAGGGAGAUUUGGAGACUCAGACGCAGCUGGAGCAUGCCCGAAUACGGGAGCUCGAACAGAGCCUCCUGUUUGAGAAGACGCAGGCAGCAAAGCUUCUCAGGGAAUUGGAGGACAGCAGGUUAACUACGGUGGCAGAGAAGUCAAGAAUCCUUCAGCUCGAGGAAGAGCUGACCUUAAGGCAAAGUGAAGUUGAGGAGUUGCGGCAAUGUUUAAAGAAUUCUCAUCAGCCAGAGUCUCCAGACCACAGCCUGGGCCUGCAGACUGAAGCUCUCCGCUUACGUGACCAGCUGUUCUCAGCCAACAAGGAGCACCAGAAAGAGAGUAUUCAACUGAAAGAGAAGUAUGAGAGGACUUUGAAGAAGCAUCAGCAGGAGGUUGAGAAGUUGAAAGCCCUCAAUGAAAAAUACUCCCAAGAAAUUGUGGACCUCAAGCAAAAAGUUCAGCAGGCCACCAAUGAGAACAUGGGCUUGAUGGACAACUGGAAGUCAAAGCUGGACACAUUAGCAUCAGACCAUCAGAAGUCAUUGGAGGACCUCAAGGCUACUUUGAACACAGGCCCUGACAGCCAGCAUAAGGAAAUAGUGGAGCUGAAAGCUGUAGUCGAAAGUGUCAAAUUAGAGCACCAAUUAGAGCUAGAGAAUCUAAAAGCCAAGCAUGACAUUGAGAUGGCAGUUCAUAUUAAAGAGAAGGAAAGUCUUAAGCUGAAGGUACAGGAAGUCAAGGAGGAAAUGGAAGAAAGUAACAACAAUUGGAAGAUCCAGUUGGAAACCAAAACAAACCAGCAGCUUAUGGAACUUCAGGACCUGAAGGAUAAGUGUCGGGAUGCAGACCUCAGAGUCCAUGAGCUGGAGAAGCUACACAGUGAUUACAAAGACCAGGCACAAGCCAUAGCUUUCCUAAAAGAGCAGAUCUCCUUGGCUGAAAAAAAGAUGCUGGACUAUGAGACACUGCAGAAGACUGAGGCUCAGAGUAAACAAGAGAUUCAGCGGUUGCAGGAGAAGGUUCUUGUGUUGGAGAACAAAUUGCACUCCACAGAGCCACUCCACCCUUCCCAACCCACCAAUAUGAUUGAAACAAAUGAUAUUUCAGAAGAAAAGAUCAAGAUGAAACAAACAAUGGAAGAUCUCCAGGACAAAUUGAGUAAAAAAGACAAAGAGGUAUCAUCGCUUGUCUCCCAGACGGAUACGCUAAGGGCCCAAGUAAGUGCAUUGGAAAAUAGAUGCAAGAGCACUGACAAGAAGGCGGAUUCUUUGUUGAAAGAAAAGAAAAGGCUGGAAGCAGAUCUAGAAACUGUGUCAAGGAAAACGCACGAUGCUUCUGGUCAGCUGGUUCUGAUCAGCCAGGAGCUAUUGAAAAAAGAAAGAAGCCUGAACGAGCUGCGUGCUUUGCUAAUGGAAGCCAACCGGCACUCGCCAGGCCCCGAGAGAGACUUAAGCCGUGAGGUGCACAAAGCUGAGUGGAGGCUAAAGGAGCAGAAGCUCAAAGAUGACAUCAAAGGAUUGCGAGAAAAACUCAUCAUCCUGGACAAAGAAAAAGCAGUAGCUGAUCAGCGGCGGUAUUCCCUUAUUGAUCCUUCCUCGGAGACGGAGGUUCUCCGGCUGCAGCACCGGCUCAUCAGCACUGAGGACGUCCUGAGGAACGCCUUGGAGCAGGGCCAGCAGAUGGAGAAGCUCAUUGAAGCCAUGCGGAGCUGUUCCGAAAAAGCACAGACUAUUGGGAACUCUGGAUCUGCUAACGGGGUCCAUCAGCAGGAAAAAUCUCACAAACAGGAGGAGAAACACUGAUGGACGAGAAGCAAGGAGAAGUGGAAAGGAACAUGAAAUCAUUGCAUCUGUUGUUGAGAAGAAGGAGACUUGGAGAUGCCUCCCCCAGGCACCACCAAAAGUAUUCCCACUCUAUGAACAAAGUGGAUAUAAAGCAGGAGGGUUCCUCCCUGGUGAUCUGUGUAAUUCUAAGAAGGGUCCAGUUCCCCCCAAAGAAGCGGUACAGCAGUUGUGCCUGUGGCUGAAUUUCUCCUUUGCUACCUGCAGCAUUUGGCGAUCAUUUUUAUUGGCAUGGUGUAUCAUGUCAGGUUUUGGGGAGGUACUUCCUGCUGCACCAGUGAGAUACCUCAUUUCAGUGGCUUUUGAAAGACAUUGGAGAUUUUUCUAAGCGACCCCCCUGAAUACUUGCUUCAGUAGCUAAUAAUUUGCACAUAGCAUUCAGAUUUCUCCUCCAGUUCCACCAGAUGGACCCAUUUUACAGGUCUGCAAAAGAGCUAAGAUCAAGCUCUGUUGACCAUAAGGAACAACCCAAUGUCAGUUUGAAAAGAAUCUCUGUCCUCUACAUAAAAAACUCUUGAGGUCAGAAAUGUGGAGACUCUGCUUAAACCUAAUGAUAUAACAUGGGAUAUGCAUUGUGAGGUGGACCUUCUCUAACUUAUUUUAACUUCAGUAAUUAUCAAGUCAUUGGUGAUUUAGAGGUACUGAACCAGUGGUGGACUUCUGCUGGUGCCCGUACAGUUACAUCUCUCAUCUGUUCAGAGAUGCAUCUUCUUUAAGCCACUGAUGGCUAGGCCUUGAAACAAAAGUUGAGAUUGACCUAGAGGUCUAAUCAGCAAAGCUCUGGAGGCAGUUGGGAUCUUCUGGCUGGGGGUGGGUGGGUUGGUUUUUUCUCUCUCUCUCUCUGACUUUUGACAAUUUUAUCCUUGAAAUUCUGAAAGACUUUCCAAGUAGCCUAAGGGUUCUUUUAUUAUUUUUUUUAAUAACUUAGGCCCAGUUUAUACAUGCAGUAGAAUUGAAAGGUAAACCUUUGUUCACCCAACUAAAAUACAAAUAUAGGCAAUCUGAUGUCUUUUGAAUUUCAGCUUCCAUCAGUCCCAAUCAAAAUGACUGAGAACUGCAAAAGACUGAGAACUGUAAAUCCAAAAUAUGUGGAGAAUAGGUUGCCUGCAUCUGUGGUUCUCUUUUGCACAGAUUGGUCUAUCUGUGUGUUCUACCACUGCAAAAAAAUAUCUCCUUUUGAGAAGAAAAGUAACUUGUUUGGGGUGAAGGGUAGAAGAGGUCAACCUAACCUUUGGAGCACACACUCUUCUCAGCCUGUGGCAGUAAUCUCCAGAUAGUAUGUUCUCCCCUGAUUUUCCUGCAUGUAUAAACUUGAGACAAAGAUGAAUUUCCAGAUGAGAAAAUGCCUGUGUGAUCUAAUAUGAAUGAUUGGAGCAAGCAUGUGUCCCUGUGUGCCUGUAUGGUUUUUCUCCUUUUUUCUGCUAGUGGUACGCAGAUUUGAUAGAGAGAAUGAGUGUCUGUGAGUGUUGACUUACAAAAUGCCUUCUUUUGUAAACAUGAUUUGUUAGAAGAAGCUGUCUAGAAAUUGGUGCUAAGUAGAGAGAACCUAAGAGGUGGUCCAGAGGAAGAAGCCUCCAAGAUAGAUCCACUUUUUCCCCAGUGUGAACAUUCACUCCCUCCAUUCUCCCAAUAUUACUGUGUGGCUUUCUCAAUCCCACCACCGUUGUUGGAUUUGAGGAUUUCAGAGGAGCAAAAAUCCUCACUGUUGUCAGUUCUAGUAACCAUUCAAAGCAAGAUCACAUUAGUGCAAUUCGCAUCAAACUCAGAGAUUCCAACUGAGAGAGAGCAAAGUGAGUAAUAGUCCAGACUGCUGUCUGAUUGGUAUAAAGAAAGAUGUAUCCUACAGGUUGAAUUGAUGCUGGUGUAGUUUCAAAUACAGUGUUGCUGAAACAUCUACCUUCUGAAUGAGGGUGCUAGAAUUCAGAAGCAAAGAGUUUAUAAUGAUAAACCUACAUUUCCUUUCUUUCUCUAAUCCUAACCAUGUAUCCCUGGUUCUGUGCUCUCAGGUAUAAAAUCCCAGGGCACAGAAGGUCCAAACAGCUGAACCUUGCAGCAAGUGAGCUGCCUGCUGCAACGAGAUAUGGAAUCUAGUUGGACCCUUCGUUUAUUACUCAGCCCAGACUACCCCACUACUUCUUUAUGCCUCUUAGGCUAUGCUUCUUUCCUGGAGAGUGUUUAGAACCUGGAUCCUAUCUUGGAGCCUCAUAUUCUGUGUCCUCUCCAUGAGAUUAUCUGUGGUAGAGAUCUGGUGAUGGAGAAUGCAGGGUUCCAACUGAGAAGCUAUUUCUAUGGGACUCUAAUCAGCCUUCCUAAGGCCAGAAUGUGGCCUUUGCUGCUUUUUCUUUUGAUGUGGCCAACUGAUUCUCAUCUUGGUUCAUGACUGCUGCUUCCUAGGAGAAAGUGCCAUGUAUUUUGUGGUCCUUCAAAAGGCCUUGGACUCUACUUUUGUGGUGAGAGAUUUGCCAGUAUGUACAGGAAAGUUUCACAAACUGACGUCCUCUGGUUUUAUUGGGGUAUCCAAGUAUUUCUAGCCAGCGUAGAAAUUUCCAGCUCUUGGCUAUGCUAGCUGAGAAGUUUGGAAACUGGAGUCCCAACAUGCAUGGGAGUCAUCAGGAUGAGGAAAGUUGAUUUACAGUAUUAGGGAGAAUAAGCUACUCAUUGUCUUCACAUACCUCUAUUUUUCUUCAGCUCUUUGCCAUUUCUCCAUAUUCCUGUACUGAUUUGUGUAACCUGAAAUGUUGUCGCUUCCAUCUUUUUUUCCUGCAAAACUGGGCAGAGCCAUACUUCAGCAAAUAAGGAUGGUGGCAUUUUCUGGUCUUGUUUUCCUCCUUCUGCACUCUGUAUUGAUAGACAGGAAUUGGAAUAAGCUGACAAGUAAGACCACAGAAAAAUAAGUUGAUAUUUUGGAGGAUCUCUGAUGAGAUGUUACUAGUGUGGCAAUUCUCAACACAGUUCUUUUGCUUGGAUAAAUUACAGCCAUUUGUGGAUGAACCAAAAAAUCUGCACUUCUGCAAAUAUUUACCCUCCCUUCCUUUCAUUGAUGCUGUUUUAUCAUGCUUUUAAACAGACUUAUCUUUUGGGAAAUGAAUUCCAAAGGUGGCCAGUAAGAAGCCAAGAUCUUGGAAAAAUAAAUGAGCUGCCUGUUAAUGCAAAUUUGCUUUUGCUUGGUUAAUUCUGUACAUGUAAAAGGCUUAACCAACCAGAAAUAGAAAACUUACCUUGAUGUCUUGAGUAUGGAAUCCUGGUUUAUACUACCUUUAAACAAGAGAUUGGCCAUAUGAGGAGCAAUUAACUAGGAAUCCAGGUUCCAAUGGCAAUGUUAGUUUGCUUGGGCUAGCAGGAGAAAAGAAGUGUGAGUUUGUACCUUAGCAUACCAUUCAUUCACUAUUAGCCAGGAUUCACCAGAAUCCUGUGCAAACACUGUUUAUUGAAAGAAGUUAACUUCUUAACUUCUUCCAUGUUCUGGUAGAGAGCUGGACUAUUUGAGCCUUUUCCAGAUGCCCAUUUGGGACUUCCAAAAAUCCAGAAAGUUGAUUUUUUUUCCCUGUAGGAACCAACAACUUUGUAAAACUUUGGCAGCAAAGUUGAGAAGUUCAUGUCUGUUUUGAAAUGGAAGUGCAGAUGUAUACUUCUAUGUCCUGUGCACAUUAGGUUAGUCUUCCCAAACUUGAUGCCUUCCAGACUCACUGGUCUCUAAUUCUCAGUAUAACAUGUUGAGAAUUCUGUUAUAGUCUGGAGGGUACCAAAUCUGGGGAUACUGAAACCCCCUCGUUGGGUUUCAAGUAAAUGUACGCAUAGUUAUUUCACAGGAAGUCAAAACCCAGCUACAGGUCAACUGUCAAUGAAGACCAGUCCAGCGAUUCAGCAUUUAUUCUCAAAGAGAUAUAUUAAUCCACUAAUCAAGCCAGCCCAAUUGAUCAGCCUCCUGUACAGGAACAGAAUCAAGUCAAAACUAGAUGUAAUAAAAAAUGGAUAACCUUUUACCCAUGUGGUAUGUACCCUAAUUUUGUAGUUUUAGACACUUUUUUGGCUAUCAAAUUUUGUUAGAUGAAGAAAAUUGAUUUGACAGCGAAUGUCUAUUUUAUUAUUGGCUUUUUUGUUUUUGUUUCCUCUGUACAAAAAGCUUUACAGAUGGGAGUCAAAGUGUAACUACUUCUACAGAUUAUGUAUUCAUGUAUUACAGGCCCCAAGACUGGCUUUGUAUAGUGUGAUGAGGUCAUACUAAACCAAUAAAAGUUGUGGCAGAAGAUAA